AUGAACGAACUUAAUGACCAGAGAUUAGGAUUACGAGCUCAAAAGCUGACCAUCACCGAGAAGCUAUCCCUUGGGAAAAGAAAGAUGGAAGACGCCAAGAAGAAUCCUACAUCUACAGUAUCCACUGGAUAUGCAUCUCAUUUUUCACAUCUAAACGGUAGUGUGACAUCUCCAGCAAAUAAUGUUUCUGUGACACAUCAGUGGCCUAGUAGUGGUGUUCACAGUGUUAAUACUAGUGGAAGCCAGAGACCUCAGAUGAUGUUUAAUGGUGCUUCUCAGGGCAAUCCAAUUCCUUCUUCAAACUAUUAUGCAGCAUCCUGGUCUCCUCAACCUCAAUCCACCAUAUCAUUCAGUACUGCACCAGAUAAGAAGGUGCAUGUUCAAAGUUCUGUCAGGGUAGCAGAUCCAAGCUUUAGGCCAUUCAUGUCUCAAACUCCGCAUGUUACAAAUCAGCCGAUGCAGAGAAGGCAUUAUGGUCAGGCUUCUUCGUUUGGAAACAAGCACAGUGAGAUCGCUAAGAUAGUCCAGAAAGUUCUGCAACCACUGGUUAAACAAUACCCUUUGUGGAAUCCACCUUCAAGAGAUUAUAUGAGCACAGCAUUGGAAUGCCAGAUGUGUGGAAUUAUCAUCAGUGAACUGCACUCUACUGGUUUGUGA